CUAGCCAGUUGCCCGACAGCAGUCGAAGAGUGUGGGUGCAGUGUGUGAUACAUUAAAUCGGUUGAUCGCGUGUUGCCUCAAAUACUUACGCAUUGAUUUUACUUACAAAUUCAACGUGAAGCCUAUACUUGUUAGCUUAGUGGGAUUGCUCAAGCCGGAUUUACGGUGUAUGAAGAGCGGCGUUCGAACAGAAGGUGCCGAUGAUGUGAAGUUGCCUGAUGCCUUGUAUCACUGCAAGUCGAGGCACUAGAAAAGGCUGCUGUUGGGGAGAAGCCGCCCAUUGCGACCGCUGCUGCUGAAGACGAAGGCUCUAAUUUUAGUUUCAACAACGACUGCUGCGACCUGGACAACUUUUUAAAGUUCCUAAGAGACCGCCAACGAUGUCUUCCAAGUUCCUUUAAGCGUUUUCUGUAUUAUAAUUGCGAGCGCAUUUUUUAGGUAACGUGAAAACUUCACAUUUUUUGUGUAAAUUACCGUAGGGUAACCGGAAAUUAGGGAGUGAUGGGCAGAGAUAUUUUCUCAAGAAUGUAAAUCAUAUUUUCCAUUCUGCUGACGGUUAAAUGUGCAAAAUCUACACAAAAUGAGAUGCUCAAGGAAAAUUUAUACCGGAUAUAUUCCUAAAGCAAUACUUGAAUUACGAACGGAGAAGUGAUAACUUUACCAUUCUUUUCCUUGCUGAAGUUUUAAUUUGAUGAGAAAAUGAAGUUGAAUUUGUUUAUAGCCUUUACGUGCAGUACGUUGCUAUGCAAGGCGUCUUUAUUUGAAGCGUCCAAGGUGAAUUUAAAAGAUGCCGGUCCCGAAUAUCUUCACGAACGACAGCAGACUGCGCCACAAUCCCGGCACUCAAUUAACGCCCCUCACCCGAGCCAACGAUUUCAAUCAAACUCCCCUUUAGAGGAAUCUGUGAGGCCGGAUAUUGCCAACCACUUUUCUGACAUGCGACGCAAGCGGUCAACUACGCAGGAAAAAAAUACCGUGGCUACUUCGGGAUCCUCUACGAACAAUGGUGUCGACGAACAGCUCAAUACAAUAUUGCAUGCAUCGCCCAACACAGCCGCCAAUAACAACAAAAAGAAAAUUGAUACGAUGAAGUUGACAGCGGUGAAGACGGCUGCUCCUGAAGAACGCGACGUCGGUAGAACAAAAGAAAACCAUGAAAUUGAGGCGAAGAUUAGCAACAUAACUUCUGUCUCUGAGCGCCCACGUGGUGAUGAUCCAGAAAUUCAAUACGAUAAAGUGGGAGGAAAAGAAGGCUCAAUAAACGAGUUUCUUAUGGGUCCUCCUGCAGCGUUACAGGGGCCUGACAACGACGCCAUUUCGAACGAUAACGAUUUUCCUGACUCACCGGCAAAAUCGGAUCCCAAUUCAGACACUGAAGUAGAUUCUGACCAUAAACCAGCGACGGAACUCCAUGGAAGCAUAAGUCCUCUUCAAGACCAAGGCUAUGGGGUUUCAGAAGGGACCAUGUCCGUGACUCCAGGAUCCCAACCAACUCCUCGAUUGUCUUGGCUUGCGGAGUUCCUGUGCUCUGGACGCGGUCCUGGUUGGCUUGCGUUGAACAUUAUCCUGUUGGUGUUCAUCAUCCUGGCUGCAAUACUUUCUUUAUUCCGCCUUUUGGGUCUUCGCUCUUGCACUGCGCUUCUUUCUAGAACCCUUUAUCUGUUCGUGAUGAUCUUGUGCUUCACCGCGUCUGCGUUCACUGCAGUGCAUCUCAUCCACCUUUGUUUUGGUGGCAAAGAAGGACUGCCUUUGGUGCUCACUCUUAUCCUCACGCACACUCCGGUUCCAUGCCUUACGGUUGCAUUGUGUUUGGUUCUACAAAGUAUCUUGGAGGCUGCCAGAGAACCGUGGCCGAUAUCGUGCGCCGUAUUAGGCCGUGUAUCUAUCGUGCUAGUAUUGGCCAGCGUCGCCAGUGACAUAGCCGUGUCACUGCUCCACAGCACGGCACUCCUCAUCACCUGCCGUGUCACACUCACUGCCGUGGCGCUUCUGCCGGUCUUUGUGUUCCUUCUUAAGUAUUGCAGAAUAAGGGAGGUUCACGCAGCGCUCUGCAGGGAAAUACAGGGAGAACUCAAGCUCAUGGUGCCUCCUGCUAAAGACUCUGUGGCUUACGAACAACGCGCUGCCCAGUAUCUCUUAAGAGAUAUUCUCUCCUUGUGGGCGACGCUGUUGUUGGUAGCUUGCAUCGUCACCGUUGUUUUGUGGGGCUGCAACUUGAGCCUCUCUGUGUUUUUCUCAUUGCCCCGCGUCCCGGUUUGGUUGUGGUGGUUUUGUCACUCCACUAAUGUCCUUUUCCAAAUAAUCCUCAUCAUUCUGCUGAUAAUUUCUUGUGCUAUUACUCUGGACGGGCGUCACAUUAGUAUUUGGCAUAAGAUUUUCGCCGUUCCCAAGGACAUUUUCAGUUCCCCUGAAUCGGAAUCCGAGAGCGCAAAACGUAAUUUUGUGUAUGAGCGAGUAUCGUAUUCAAGCGGCAUUGAGAGCUCACAAAGAACGUCAUCGUCGCAAAACGAAACAGAUGAAUCAGAUGGACGAACCCCGGUCUCCCUGAACCCUCAGGUAGCCCCAUCUAUCCGGCCCCGCGUUACACUCCAGAGGUCCGCCACAUUUAACUGCGCCCCACGCAUGCCUCUUGUUUACGGAUAUCAUCCUGGUUAUCCUCAUCUCUUACCUCAAUACUAUCAACGGGCGGGCUCCUACGCCCAAAUUCACCAGCAUCAAGCAAUGCCUUCAUCUAUGUUAGUCAACGAAGCUGGAUUUGUACGUUUUAACAUGCCUGUGCAAAAUUUUUCUUAUCCAGUAACAAUGGAACAACCAGAGGAAAUGAUGAAACCGAACGAAGGAAUCCUUCUUCAAGCUGGCGAUCCAAAUUUGUUCCAUCCGCAUAUGGAUAUCGAAUACAACAGUUUGCGACGCUUUCCGAGACGUUACGCCGGUAGACAAGUGACUAAUAUCCCGGAGGAUCCUGACUCAGGGCACAAAUUUAAUCCCCCUGAAAUUCGCAUGAUCGCUCACAAUUCUUCCAACUCUGAGUACGCCAUGAGUGCCGGUUCUGUUCCAGUGUCCCCUUAUCAUGCGCUUCCACUCCUGCCAGCUUAUCCACCUGCUGUCAUGCAUGCUCCAAUCAUGUCAUCUUUCCACCCUUCAGUUCCAUCCUCUACUUCUGCAUCGGUGGAUAUCAAGCCAUACCAGUCACCUCCUGCUCUUCCAUCUCGAGCUGGUAGUUUCCGGAACCACUACGCAGCUCAGACGUCGCCCGCGUCCAGCCCACUUUCAUCGCCAUAUCAACUUUUGCCAGUUGGGCCCAACUCGUACUUGUUGAACCAGCCCUCUCAGAGGUCUUCUCCCUCGCCUCACCCUCCGGUGUUGACGCCCGUAUCGUCGUCCCCUUACCAUGGAGGUCUGCCCGUAGUGAAGCAGCGAUCAUCGAGACCAACGUCUCCUGCUAUUCAUUCGCUCGCCUUUCCGCCCCCGCCUCCAGUACCGAGUAACUCGCCUUCACGAUCAGAUCAUCAGCAGCCUCAGUCACCUGUAGAUUUCGAUACCUCACGACCUGCGUCGCGUCUCAGCGCUGCCAAAUUGGCAGGCGGGCCUUCGAGUCCGCCGUACUCUAACCAUGGCUCUAGCCCAGAUACGGGACAUUUUAAAAAGCCGCUCAAUUAUGAUGGUUCUCAGAAGAAUCUUGAGUACGCUUUGAAUACUCCAAGAAAUGAUGCAAACGCGCAACAGCUUGACGAAACAAAAUCGAUUGAAAGCACAGUGCGUGACAUCCUAACCAGCUGCGAGCGCCCCGUUUUCCGGCCAAGAAAACAUCCUCAUCGUGGGCGACUUCCGCUUCGAAAUCAAUCCUUCAAUAGAAACGAUACACAAAAUAUUUACGAAAAUGGGCCUUCUGCUAACAGAAAUUAUCAACACGAGGCUGAUCACAUAGACAUGGACACGAUCUCGAAUGCAGCCGAUGGCUGCGUAACAGACGAUGACCUACCCCAAGACCCAGUCAGAAACUCAGCGCCCAGUCUCAAGAGAAAUCAUUCUACCGCGGGCUGUUACUAUCCUAAAGAACGAAAAGAACCACAAUGUCAGACCGACGAUGAAGGUAACAAAUAUUCUUCUUAUCGCUUAAGUCAAAUUGGGAGCAAACCAGUUGAAUGGUACGGCACAUGGGCGGGAAGACGGAAGUCUAGAAACGGUGCAUAUAGCGUAGAUACCGAGAAGAAUAGCGUUGAAAGAUCAUCAGCCGAUAACAGAAAUUCAGAGAAAAGGCUAUCUUCUCGAGCGUCUUCAAUUCUUAGCCUUUAUAACAAACUAAAGUCAAGGAAAGAAAAGCCACCUAAAGAUGAUUCUAGCGAAGGCACCGAAAAAGACGAGACGGAAGUGAGUCAAGCGUCUACCUCAGACGACACUCCAACUCCCAGUGAAAAAACCGCCGACGGCAUUUCCAUAGCUACUGAAGGAGAGAAGGAUUUGGACAACCCUCUGGCUGAGGCGCUUGACGAGAUCAAAGACAAGUCGCAAGAUGAGGCGGACUGGACCAUGGAUAUUCUAAGCAGCAGUUCCGUGCUCUCAGAUUUUUAUAAACUCAAACCCGACCGACCUCCGCCUCUGCCUGAGCUUGCUGAAGUGGAUGGCUAAACGCAGAAAAUCAUGUACAACUUAUAAAAAAACUAGUGCUGACGCAAGCGACGCAAGCUACUCUUAUGAAUUCAUUAUCGAAUGAACAUUUGAAAGUGAAAAUGUUAUUCUUGAAGAGUUAGUGAACGUCAAUGUCUGUGCCUUGUCCAAGAGAUAAUCACGUGUUUUAGCUUCGAAAAGACUUCCAAACGUUAAAAAAAAUAGCUGAGUUAUAAAUUUUUAUUCACCGGACGAUUUCUUACUUUAUCCUUCAGGAUAUUCAGAAUUAAUUUAAUCUUUUUUUUUUUAAUGCGGGCUGAGAUCGUCUGGGUUUUUCAACCUCUUCCCAGGCCUUUUAAUUUCGUUAUAGUGCCCAUUUGGUUAUUCAUGUCAUUUUUAUUAUUAAGUGGAUUUUUAAGUAUCUUCGGCUCAGUAUUGACAAACCCAAUCAAAUCAUGAGAACCGCAAACAUUUGCAAUUAUCAAUUCUCAAUGAUUAUAGACAAUCACUUUAUUAUUGUUCCACAUUCUUCACGAAGUAAGGUAGAAUUAAGCUAUUAAAGUUCGCCUUGUUAAGAACAAAUUGAAGUUGACAUUGAGGUCAAGUUUAGUGGGACCAAAUAAUUUAGAACGCUUGCCUAUUUUUAAUCUUGCUUUUAACGUCAUAAAUCAACGAUGUCUAGGAAUAAUAUAGAAGUUUUAAUGCACAAAUAUAAUUUCAGCUUGUUGCCUUCAAAUGCCUUAGCUGCAACAUGUAGUUCAUCUGAUGCCUUCCUUGAAAUUGUAAUAAUUUUAAUGUGAAAAUGUUCUGAUGUAGCUAGAAAAUUACAAUAUACAUAACUGUAGAGAAUUUUAGCAUUAUAGAGC